GGAUUUGGAGAGCAAAGUGAAGAAGAUGGGCUUAGGGCAUGAAGAAGGAUUUGGAGCCCCAUGCUUGAAAUGCAAAGAUAAAUGUGAAGGAUUUGAGCUACAUUUCUGGAGAAAAAUAUGUCGAAACUGCAAGUGUGGGCAAGAGGAGCAUGAUGUUCCCACCAGCAAUGAGGAUGAUCGUAAAGUGGGGAAGCUCUUUGAGGACACAAAGUAUACCACCCUAAUUGCCAAGCUGAAGACUGAUGGCAUCCCUGUGUACAAGCGCAAUGUCAUGAUCCUGACAAAUCCGGUGGCAGCCAAGAAGAAUGUGUCCAUCAAUACAGUGACAUAUGAAUGGGCGCCUCCCGUUCAGAAUCAAACGCUGGCAAGACACUAUAUGCAGAUGCUUCCGAAGGAGAAACAGCCCGUGGCUGGCUCAGAAGGCGCUCAGUACAGAAAGAAACAGUUGGCGAAGCAGCUGCCUGCUCACGAUCAGGAUCCUUCCAAAUGCCACGAGCUGACUCCUAAUGAGGUGAAGCAGAUGGAGCAGUUUGUGAAGAAAUACAAGAACGAGGCGCUCGGAGUGGGAGAUGUCAAGCUCCCGAGUGAAGUGGAAGCAAAAGGCAGCGAGAAAAAUGUUCCGAGCAAUGGAGAGAGGGGCACCUCAGCCACAGUCGGGGCGAUGGAAGACAAGCUGGCUGGUCAGAAGGGAUCCCAGUAUUCCUGUUUCCGGUGCAAGCUGAGCAUGAAAGAAGGAGACCCAGCUGUCUAUGCUGAGCGUGCUGGUUACGACAAGCUGUGGCACCCUGCUUGUUUUGUCUGCUGUACCUGUGGUGAACUCCUAGUAGAUAUGAUCUACUUCUGGAAGAAUGGCAAGCUGUACUGUGGCAGACACUACUGCGACAGCGAAAAGCCCCGCUGUGCUGGAUGUGAUGAGCUAAUAUUCAGCAACGAGUAUACCCAGGCAGAAGGUCAAAGCUGGCAUCUGAAACAUUUCUGCUGCUUCGACUGUGACUGUGUCUUGGCCGGAGAGAUCUAUGUCAUGGUGAAUGAAAAGCCUGUCUGCAAACCAUGCUAUGUGAAGAACCGUGCUGUGGUCUGCCAAGGUUGCCACAAUGCAAUUGACCCAGAAGUUCAACGUGUGAGCUACAACAACUUUAACUGGCAUGCAUCCACAGAGUGUUUCCUGUGCUCUUGUUGUAGCAAGUGCCUCAUUGGCCAGAAGUUUAUGCCAGUCGAAGGAAUGGUCUUCUGCUCAGUAGAAUGUAAGAAGAAGAUGAUGUCCUAAGUGGAAGAAUGUUCAGAUGAAACAAAAGCUUUGCCUUACUUCAAAGUCCUCUACAUUUCUACUGUUCAAGUAUAAUAUUUUGGGACAUUUUAAACAAAAUCCAACGUAUUAAAUGGCAAAUGCCAAAGAUCUUUAAUUACUCUCUUGAUAGCUUUUGAUUAGUACUUCAGCAUUUCUGUAUUCUUAAUGCUUUUGAUUUCUUGUUGCAAAUGUAGGAAGCUUAAUAUUCACUAUGUAU